AUGGCUGGCCUGGUACGGUACAAUUUCACGAUAGACGACACCAGUCCCAUACUCUUCUACUCACCGUAUGCCGAUGUUGCAAGUGCAAGCGGUCAAGGUGAUGGCCUUCAUAACGGCUGGCAAACCUGGUAUUCGGGCUCGGGUUUUCUUCCCAAUCGAGAUGCCCCUUCCCCAGUUGGUGAAUCUUUUCACUUGACUUCCGCACCGGGAGCAUCUGUAUCUCUGUCUUUUUAUGGCACUGGGGUAGCUUUAUACGGAACAACAAAUAGUUCAUACGACGUAUUUUUCGAUGGAAGCUUUAUUCAAAAUGCAACGUCUUUCCAAAACGUUCUCUUCUCCGUAUCGGAUAAGGCUCCCGGAUUCUACAAUGUAUCCUUGACUGCGAAACCCGAUAGUGGUGACCAGAUACUCAGCUUUAAUAAUGCGAUCGUCAAUUCAGCUGCAAAUUCUAGCGCUUCUUCUACACCUGUCUACGAGACUAUCGACAAUCAAAACACGAGUGCAAUUGCAUAUGCUGGUGAUUGGACGCCGUCCAAAACAGUCGCCGAUAUACCCUCUUCCGCAUCACCAGCUCCAUUUCACAGUACCACAGCUUCCGGUGCAUCUGCCUCCUUUAAUUUCACGGGGAGAGCUGUGGCUUUGUAUGGCUCAUCUACCACAAACCAUGGUUUAUACUCUGUCAAUUUAGACGGCACGAAGCAUCUUUUCAAUGGAAGUUCGCAAUGGCUACUAGGAAAUAUGUUGCUAUUCUAUCAAGAUGGCUUAGAGGAGAAUACCACACAUUCACUCAGUAUUACGAAUGUCGGAACCAAUGCGCUUUCCUUGAACUCUGUGCAAAUUACGCAUUUCAACAAUACCCUCACAAGCACGAACAGGGCUGCUUCAAAGGCAGGAAUAAUAGUAGGACCGAUCAUAGCAUUUCUCGUUGUUGCCAGUAUGAUCGGCUUUUAUAUCUGGUCAAAACGCCGUGCAAAACGCAGAUCAAACGGGCUGGAGAGACGCUCAUCAGUAGCAUCUUCCAUAUUUUUACCACGGAGAUUCCGUCGGGAGCACAACGAGCAGGAGGGCGAUGCGGUCACUCCUUAUGUCAUUGACAUGAGGGCUCCGAAACGCGAUAUCGGUCCUUCUUCAGACUCAUCAUCUCUGGACUUGCGUCUUACGGGACAUCUCCGUGGAAUGGAUCGUGUACGGGAUGAGAAGGGUCUACCUCUUCCUGUUACCUCAAGUGUACCGGAGAGUAUUAGAGGAACCGAAUUUACAGCAUCUGCUGAUCACCGGUCCGCACUGUCUGUUCCGGUGACGUACCUGCCCAGUGAACUAGGUGCUUCACGAAAUGAGGGUGCCGAGCCACAGAAUAAUUCACGUUUGUCCAGAGGUCCGCUGCCAGCUCCAGAGAACGCUUCUUACAUGAUAUCCGAUGAUCCUGCCUUAGUGGACCGAAUACUCGAACUAGUCGCACAGCGGAUAGAUACACAACGUGCGGAGCCGGGCGGUUUAGCACCUGGUUCCGGCAAUUUACCCCCUUACCCUGAAGACUUGUAA